GCCCCAUCACCAAAAGUAAUUUUCGGUCAACAGCAUCUUGCAAUUUUCUAAGGUAACAUGAAAUAUUACAUUGGUGUAGAUGUUGGAACAGGGAGUGUUAGAUCAGCAUUAUUUGAUAGUCAUGGUAAUUUGGUUACUGUAGCAACAGAGAAGAUUAAGAUAUGGACUCCUUCAGCUGACUAUUAUGAACAAUCAUCAUUCAAUAUCUGGAAUGCUGUCAUUCAUACAAUAAAGAAAAUCUUAUCAGAUUCUGAGGUGAAAAAAGAAGAAAUAGGAGGAAUAGGUUUUGAUGCUACGUGUUCAUUAGUAGUGAUUGGGAAAAAUGAUAGUUCUAUAACAGUUAGUCCUUCAGGGCAACCUGAAUGUAACAUAAUAAUGUGGAUGGACCAUAGAGCUGUGAAUCAAACAGAGAGGAUUAAUUCCACACACCAUUCUGUGUUGAAGAAUACUGGAGGUCAGAUCAGUGUAGAAAUGGAACCACCAAAAUUGAUGUGGAUGAAAGAGAAUUUACCUGAUACCUGGAAAAGUGCUACACACUUUUUUGAUUUAGCAGAUUAUUUAACUUGGAAAGCUACAGGAAAUCUAACCAGGUCAUUAUGUUCUCUGACAUGUAAAUGGACAUACCAAGCUGAUGACCAAGGUCACAGGGGCUGGAAUGAUGAGUUCUGGGAAGUUAUAGGAAUUGAUGAUUUUGUAAAGGAAAAAUAUCAAAGGUGUGGAACUGAUGUCAAAUCACCUGGUGAUGUUUGUGGAGAAGGAUUGACCAAUGAGGCAGCAGAACAGCUUGGACUGGUUCCUGGCACUGCAGUUGGAACAUCAAUCAUUGAUGCACAUGCUGGUGUCUUAGGUUGUGUCGGCUGUGUAGCAGAAAAUGAACACUUUGCCAUGCCAGACAUAACUUCUAGGAUGACCAUGAUCUGUGGAACUUCUACAUGCCAUAUGAUUAUGAGUAAAGAAGCUAUAUUUGUACCUGGAGUGUGGGGACCAUAUUAUUCACCAAUAUUACCAGGCUUGUGGAGUGCUGAAGGUGGACAAACAGCUGCUGGCAAACUGAUAGACUUCAUAGUAGAAACACAUCCAGCUUAUCAGAAGUUAAAGGACUCAGCAUCAGAAAGAAACUUACAUGUAUAUGAAGUAUUAGAAGACAGAUUAUUACAGUUAAUUAAUGAACACAAAGUCUUUGCCAUGUCACAGCUGACAAAACAUUUACAUAUCUGGCCUGAUUUCCAUGGUAACAGAUCUCCACUGUCAGAUCCAGCUUUAAAAGGAAUGGUCAGUGGAUUGACUUUGUCAUCAGAAAUGGAUGAUUUGGCAGUAAAAUAUCUUGCAACUGUACAAGCACUUGCUUAUGGAACAAGACAUAUUAUUGAUGAAAUGGUCAAAAGUGGACACAAAAUAGAACUGAUUUACAUAUGUGGUGGACUCAGUAAGAAUCAGGUGUAUGUAAAAACACAUGUGGAUGUUACAGGUAUUCCUGCCAUUCUACCAAAUGAACAAGAAUCAGUUUUAUUAGGAGCUGCAAUGCUUGGAGCUAGUGCUUCAGGCAACUUUAAAAAUGUACAGGAUGCAGUAAAACAGAUGGGAGGAAAAGGAAAGUUAAUCAGACCAGAUUUACAGGAAAGACAGUACCAUGAUAAGAAGUACCAAGUGUUCCAGAGGAUGGUUCAACAUCAGAGGGAAUACACAGCUAUCAUGGAUGGUUGACAGUUGUUGGUGACUCUUGGCAGUAAUCAAAUGUUUGUCAGACAUGGAGUUUCUCCAAGUCAAUAUACAGUAGUGAUUUAGUGAAUUUUAAACUAGAGAAUGUAAUUAUUUGUAUUUUAAAAAGAGAUUGGUACAAUAUUAAUCAAGAAGGACAAUAAUUAUUGAUCUUACUAGGCAACAACUUUGAAUCUGUAAUUGUUAACCAUUAAAUUUUUGAAUCUAGCAUGGCAAGACUUUGUUAUGUGUAAUUGUUAAUUAUGUUAUGCAGAAAUAAUGAACUUAUCUGCAAUAAUUUUUUAUAUGUAAUUGUUAAUUAUGUUAUGCAGAAAUAAUGAACUAUCUGCAAUAAAUUUUUUAUGUUAUUGUUAAUUAUGCUUGGCAAAAAUAAAGAUAAACCUUUG